UUAAACGUAUUUCAAAUAUGUAACCGCCUUAUUUUCCCUAAUUGUUGAUUAUUUUAAUUUGAUAAUUUUUCAUCAAAACCAUGAACGCUUCUGGGGUUUUAGUGUAACUGUAAAACUACUUUGACAUCAUUAUCCUCGUACCUGUAUCUGCAUCCGCUUUCAUCAUUUCUUUUGCCUCGUACCCAAUAAGUGGUCAGUUAGACACACACACAUUUUAAAGUUGUGUUUUGUUUUUCAUGCUAUGAGCCUCUGGCUCGUUAAGAAAUGAAAUCCCUUCAGUCAUUUUUAUGAUGUCCUUAUCCUUCUAACUCUUGAUGCCUGACCCCGCGUGCAUGCCGACACCGUAACUCCGACCGACCGCAGACUACAACAGCUUCGUGUCCGACGGCGAAGAGCAACUGGAUCGCCUCCAGCAGGCAACGCUCACCCGCACCACAUGCAUGUCUCUGUGGAGGGCGGGUGCUGUCCAAGCCUGGCUGGAAGUGGUCAUGGGAAUACCUACGUCCACGCGGGCCUGUUGUGAACAUGUCAAGAGUGGCAAGGUUCUUCUUGGUCUGACUGAUGAGGAUUUAGAGGUGGGACUUGGCAUUAGCAACCCGAUCCAUCGCAGGAAACUAAGACUGGCCAUCGAGGACUACAGGAAAGCUGAAGGGGACCAAGGUUUAUCCAAAGCGUCUGACAUGGACCAUCACUGGGUGGCGACAUCGUGGCUGAGCGACGUAGGCCUGCCGCAGUAUUCGCAAACUUUCCACACUCACUUGGUGGAUGGCCGGGUACUAAGUUCACUGGGCCGCAGAGACCUGGAAAGAUACCUUGAUGUGGACGACCAUUCUCACCAGACCAGUCUGCUGCUUUCGGUGCAGCUCCUGCAAAUGCUGGGCUUCCACAAGGAGGCUCUGCAGGCAAGAAGGGCAAAAUGUGAGCAGCAAGACCGGGACCCCAUCGUUUGGACCUGUCACAGAGUCAUGAAGUGGAUCAGGGACAUAGAUCUUAAGGAGUUUGCUGCCAAUCUUCAGGGUAAAGGCAUCAACGGUGCCGUGCUGGUUUUGGACCCGGCUUUUGACGCCGACGCCAUGGCAAGAGCGUUAGAGAUCCCCGUUAACAAACAUAAGCUCCAUCAGCAUCUCCGCCAAGAGAUGAAAGCGCUCGCCACCGCUAGCAGCAACAAGGAGCAGGAAGGCAAGGUGGACGUUUCGUCUACGUCAGUGGCCGUCAACCGCUUUGCUGAGGGAAGGGUGCCGAUGAGAAGAUCCAGCAAGAGUCCGCUGAGGGUUCCCGCACAGAGCCGCUCAACAGAAGCGGGUGUUGGGCCGGGACAUCGGAACUCGCGCAGCCUCGUGUAUGGUUACAAGAGCGUCGAGAUCACCAAUGUGUGAUGGAACAGUUUACGACACUUAAAACAGCACUUCACUGGAUUGUUAGUUGAUCUGGAACAACUUUCCCUCAUCACUGGGCAUCGAAUGGAAAACUGACUUUUCGUUGUCUUGUUUGCAACUAGUGACAACCCAGCCAUCAAGAAUGAAAUUGAACAAUCAAGUAAAACUUUUAGCAGCCUAUUUCUGAUUUUUGCCGCAUUGUUAUGUGACAACGGAGCUAGUUUACAUAACCACCUAAUCUGCGUUUCUUUGCUCGUCAUAUGACAACUGACCAGCUAGGCUGGGAAAAGAUCCUCAGCCACUUUCAAGCCAUUUCACUAUUUGAAACGCAUGCCCCUGCUGUCAUGUCCCAUUGCAUGAGACAGGACCGCUCUCUCAAAAUUGGCUCAUUUCAGCAAGACACGAAAAUGCAUAAUAUUCCUUUAAUUGCAAGAAUAACUGGUGAGAAUAAAAUGACUAAUGUACAGAUAAUGUAAAAAUAAAUACAG